AUGGGAUCGACCGGCUUAGCUGGCGACCGCGAUGUCGAAGAAGUCGCGCACUUAUUAUCCGAAGUACAUAAACAUGGCAUCCAGGUCGUUCCUGUCGUAAAGGAACUGGUUGUUCAUUGUCAUAACACACUCGUCGACGCCAAGAUCAUGUGCGAUCAUCUGUUCCAAGAGAACGUGCAUCUUGAAGCUCGAUAUGCGCAGCUACAAAUAGACUUUAAUGUCUACUGCGCGGACCGCAAUGUCCGAGAGAGUAAAUGGAAAAACAAAGCUAAAGACACCGUAUUCGACGACCUACAUAAACUAGUCAACAAAACCAUCGAGUCGAACAAGACAUGCCACGAGAAGAUGGCUGUUCUCGUCAAAGAACAUCUAGAGAUGAGCAACGAUAAUGCUCUGUUGCGCGCACAGGUGGAGGAGCUUCGCUCCGAGAAUCAAGCACUGAUGGCUGCGAAGGCUAAGGUGGCCCAGAGAGAGCUUCCUGCUUCGGAAGCUCGAAUGCGUCAGUUUAGCUGA